CAACACUAGGUUUCAAGAAGUGUGUGUCGUAGUCUGUGUGUUCUGGGUUGUCGAGAAGAGGAGCCGCGAUAUGGACAAUAUAGUCGAACUGCUGUUUCUGGAAGACGCUAUCGAAUGCCCCUUCUUUGGCAUAAUCUUCGAUGACUACGAAGUCGAGCUUUUCUUUCCAUUCAGGAUGUCCUUCGAAAAGAGCUUCACCGGCCGAGGUACGGCGGACGGUACCCGUAACUGUGUGGCCGUUUGCAAUUAACUCGUUGAUGAUGUGGGCGGCGACGAAAGAGUUCGCGCCGGUGACUAGUGUGUGUGGCAUUUCAAUUGCUAAGUAUUAGAGGCGCUGAAGAGAAAGACUUUGAGAAUGGUUCCCUUGCCCGCCACUCUACCUUUAUAUGCUUCAGAUGCACCAUCACUGCAUCCACUUCAGAGUCUUUUCUAUCGUUACUGCAUGCAAAUCAAAUCAGAACCACAUUACCAACCUCCGGCCGAGCUCGAAGGUGCGAAGCGCGACGCCUGGUUCUGCACGAUAUUUGAGAUCUGGGAAACCUCCGGCAAUGCGAUAGUAGACGAGCUGACUGAGCGGGAUGGAAAUUCCUGCAAAGAGAAAUUUAGUUUAGUGACAAUGAUUGGAAGCGUUUACUCCACACACUUGGCAAGGAACCGAAUAUCAAGCUUUUGUCUUCACUUGAACCUUUUCCUCUCGUCAAGUGCCGGCUUAAUCACCGCUUCUGGGAGACUAGGGGAGGAUGGCAACUCGGAUUCGGGUUACAAGUGUUGGCUGAAUAAAAGCUGCAGAAACCCAAGGCUCGCUAGAGUCCUUCUUUGGCUCAAAUACUUUCCAAGUCCAUCCACCAGCUGCGCAUUCUUCUCGUCGGAAUCGGGACCAGGAGCAUCCACCUUUAUUCGCCAAAGCUUAGGUCCCGAGAAAGCCCUCGGGAGUUGCGUACCCGUUGUAAGGCUGCAGCUGAUUGACGCUGGCAGCUCCUCGGGGCCGAAGAGCCUCAACACCAACGCGAGCCUCCGAAACAUGUAUCCGCAUCGGAAUAUUGGAGGCAGGCAGCCACAACUUGAACAUUAUAAGUAUUUCACGAUUUUCCUUCGUCUUUCAUCAUCACACAGCCAACUUCAGACAUUUAUCAACUUCCACAUUUUGCAACUACGACAUUUGAACACUUACUCUUACCAUACGAAUCUCAACAAGCAUCUUGCUCCACGCCCUUCAGUCCAAUCAAUUCCGAAUCUGCACCACUCAACAUUUAAUACCUAACCGCAAACUCAAACAUCCAACGGUCUACCAUGUCUACCACUUCUAUCCGCCCCAAGAUCGCCCUCAUCGGUGCUGGCCCUGCCUCCCUCACUUUGGCCAACAUUCUCCAGAACCAUUCCAUCCCCUUCACUAUCUACGAAAGUUCCUCCACCAUUCGCAGUCAAGGAGGGUCCCUGGACCUCCACCCCCGAACUGGUCAACUUGCCCUCAAAGAAGCCAACCGCUG